AGUAUUAUCAUCUAAAAGUGACAGGUAAACGUCAAAAACUUUGAACACCAGGCGAAGCCUACUACGAGUAUAUUUGAUGGUGGCAGAGAAAUAAUACUACCCACAAUAAGUAUGAGUUUGAGCUCUGAAUUGAACACAGCAAAUCGUUUAGGAAUUGUCCCCUGUUCCUGUUCGUGCAGCUCUUGGAUGCAACAGCUGCACCGUCUCAAAAAACUCAGAAGUGGGCGUGCCGUACUUCAUUAUAAUGAGAAACCCAUUUGGAACCGUUGCAGCUGUUAGAGGAAAUACCAGAAAUGACCUGAGCUUUUCACACAUAAUCCGCAUAUCGAUGACCUUGUAAAGGCCAACUUAAUGAUACCUCUGCAAUCGCGUUGCAUGACAAGUCCCCUGAUAGAUGGGGCUAUAAAAGAGCCAGGGACUGAAACAGAGGCUCAUUCAGUUCAAGGAAGGACAACGCUUCACAAGUUCAGUUCAGGGAAUAAUGACAUAUCUUUGCUCAGAGAUGGAUAAGUUCAUGAAGUACGCCAACUUCUUCUAUACGACUGUUGGUUUUGAAGCCUACGCCACCGCGUCCCGACCGCCGAAUGACAGUCUUAGGAACAGGAUCGUGUUUUGGGGGAGCUUAGUGAACCUGGCAAUUGUGGGAAUCGGCGAGACAAUCUAUUUCUACUUUGCCAUCCGCGCCGGAAACCUUCUGGAAGCCGUCACCGUGAUGUCCUACAUUGGUUUCAUCAUCGUUGGCGUGAGCAAGAUAUUCUUCAUAAUGUGGAAGAAGCCAGCUUUGAGCGCUAUGGUGCAAGAGCUUGAGGAUCUGUUUCCGCGCGGAAAGGUGCAGGAAGCACAGUUCCACCUGGAGGACUAUCUGCGCUCCUGCUCGCGCAUCAGCUUCAACUAUGGUCUCCUAUAUUUCGUGCUCAUCUGGACCUUCAAUCUCUACCCCAUCAUGGAGCUGAUUGUGUUCGAAAAGUGGCUGAAGAUUCGAAUAGUUGGCAAGACGCUGCCCUAUUUGAUGUACGCUCCCUGGAAGUCGGAUGACAAUUUGUCAUACUAUCCGCUGCUGGUCUCCCAGAACUUGGCUGGCUACACCUCGGCAGCGGCACAGAUUUCCACCGAUCUCCUGCUCUGCUCUGUGGCCACCCAGGUGGUGAUGCACUUUGACCAUUUGGCGAGGUCAAUGGAGAACCACAACCUAAGUGGCGAUUGGCCGGCGGAUUCUCGUUUUAUUUCCGAGGUAGUGCGCUAUCAUGAGCGGAUUCUGCGGCUAUCGGAUGUCGUGAAUGAUAUCUUGGGAGUCCCUCUGUUGCUGAACUUUAUGGUAUCUUCGUUUGUGAUCUGCUUUGUUGGUUUCCAGAUGACAGUGGGCGUCUCCCCCGAUAUGAUUACCAAACUGUUCUUGUACCUCGUCUCAUCGAUGAGUCAGGUGUAUCUGAUUUGCCAUUACGGACAGAUGGUUGCCGAUGCGAGCUUCGGCCUGUCUGUGGCGGUGUACAACCAGAGCUGGAGCCACGCCGACGUUCGCUAUCAACGCGCCCUACUCCUCAUCAUAGCCCGAGCGCAGAAAACUAGGCAUCUAAAGGCCACCAUCUUCUUGGACAUUACCAGAUCCACCAUGACCGAUCUCCUUCAGAUAUCGUACAAGUUCUUUGCUUUGCUCCGCACCAUGUAUGUCCAAUAGAGGACCCCAAAUCCCUAAAACCUUCUCCAAGCACCCACUCCUAUGCUUUCAAAAGCUCAGCGCGAACUUAAUUAUGCGUCGGCAUGAGCCUUACACACACAUGUCCAUCGCAUUGCUGCUUCAACACAAAGGAAAAAAAGAAAAAGAAAAACGCUGCGUACUUUUUAGCGGUCGCUGGGUGACGUUGAAAAGGCAAUUCUACGAGUACUCCGCAAUGCUCCGCACUGGAAAGGAGAGGAAAUAUCGUAUGUGGGCUACAACAGAAAAUUGCAAAGUAUAUUUUACGCUUCACUGCACAAAAGUUGUGCUUAUGAGUUUUCGCUUGGUUAUUACGCUCUUUGCAGGAGAGUAUUUGAAAAUUUAAGAAGAGUUUGCCUAUUUCCUAUACAAGGAAUAGUUAAUGUGGGGAACAGUGUAAGACUUGGGUUCAAACGGAUCGUUUGUGGGGAGGAAUAUGUUGAGGGAGCUAGAGGUUUGGAAUUGGAAAGUAGUAUAUCUUAUAUAUUCCUGAAUGAACUCUCGUCUACAGAUUCUACUUGGAACUGCAGCGAGAUCUGGAGGAACCAUCCAGGGAUCUCUUCUCUUGGGAAGAGGUAAACCGUCUAACACUUAAAAGUUAUUUAAAGCCCGCAUCCCAAAGGAAUCCCUAUUUAUAAAAAUUGAUCCCUCAAUAAAGUAACUAGUUUUCUUCUAUGAUAAAUAAACCUACAGGCUCUACAUGAUAUUCCAUUGAAAAUAUAUUUCCUUCAACAUGUUUUAAGUGCGCACUUUAGGGUAUUACAAGUAUCGGUUAUCUAUAGUUAGUCUUUAAAUCUUGUUGCUAGUACUAUGGUAGUUUUCUUACAAUUGUCAGCUUUUCUCAGGGAGAGGAGAGUGAGUGGAGUGAGUCGGGUCUGAAGGCAGUGGACAGCAAACCCCUUUGAUGGCAUCUAAUGCAGUUUUUCCAUGGGUAAAAUGAUGUGUGGCGGUGUGGCUCGGGAAGUACGAGUACGAGCUCUCCUACGCACUCAACAAUAUUAGCAAUUUACGCGCUGAAGCGUGUCCAGGCAGAAGGGAGAAUGGAACUUUUCGGGUGUAAAAGGAAAUGGGAGUUCUUUUUGCCCCAUAACAUUUUCAUUUUUGACGAAUCUCCACGACAUCACCUGCACGGCAUCACCCCCACCACCCCUGGAUAGUUGUUGUUUGCGAGAGCCACGUGCAUAAAAUAUAUUAAAAAUCUAUUUUUUGUCCAAUGUCCUGCCAGCAU